CGCCGCCGUAGAAUUUCCGCCCAGGGCGUUUGUGGUCCUAAAACCGGCAUUGGAUUUGAGAAUCCGGUGUCGCAUAUCAAGCACACAGCUGCUGCAACACCGUGGUUUCGCCGACCUAAAUAACUCAAGUAGGCUAUGGGGGCUGCACGCUGCACGACCGAGGACGACGCAAGUCAAGACUGCAAGCCGUGUCAAUGCGGCAGCGGCGCGGCUGCGCGCGCAGAGCCCGCCUAACCGCCAAUACCGCUCUGCAUCUCGGUCGCUAAAUACGCGCCUGUCUAUACUUCGCUAAAUAUCGACGCGGCAACGUGCACACCCGGAUAAUCGAAAUUGUGACUUAAUUCUGUGAACAAAACCAAAAUAACAAUUAAAAAGACCGCCAAUUUUUCGGCGGAAAUCUCAUAGUGAUUGGAAUAAUCGAUUAAACUAUUUGGAUAAUAAAUGAGCGAGCGGUAGUCGUUAUGGUAAUGCGGAGCGGUCGAGUCAAAGGUCACAGAACUGGAGGAUAGCGAAGAGGCAGCGUCCGUAUUCAACGUGAAAGACAAUGACGCAUCGAAACAAACCAAAUACUUGAAGUACAUGUACCAAAUAGUCAGUAUGUGGCUGCGGGCGGCACGGGCGCUGCGGAGCGUGCGGCGAGCAUUGCUGCUACUGCCACUCUUGCUGACCGCUCUGGCGCUGCUGUUACUGCCGCGUCCGCCACUGCUCGACCAUCCGCUGCACAGCCCCAGCCCGCCGGUGGCGCCAGCCCCGCCACUGCCCGUCGAACACCUCCAGAGCCUAGACGGAAAAGAGGAAGACAAAUUGAAACGUGACGAACCCGAGGAAGAGUUCCAUGACGACGACGUGUCCAUCCGGCCGUGGUACAUGCGCGGCGGGGAGCAGCAGCCCAAGAAACACGACCCUGACUUGCCGCUCUUCCCUGAGGAUGCGCCUGGCGAUGACAGAAUUGUGCAGCAGUUAAUGUACAAACUUCCAAAUGACGACGUGCCUAUAAAGAAGAUUCUGUUAGCUAACGGACUGAGCUCAUGGGGAGUGUCGGCGGGACGGCAAGAAUUCAUCAAAAACAACUGUCCCGUCGACCGGUGCUCGCUGACGGCAGACUCGCGGGACGCAGGCACCGUGGACGCCAUCCUGUUCAAAGACCAUCACACGCCGUUCAACGUACCACGUCCGCCCAAACAGAUCUGGAUCCUGUACUAUCUGGAGUGUCCAUACCACACGGCUUCGCUGCGCCCCUCCUCCAUGGACCUGUUCAACUGGACGGCCACGUACCGCCGAGACUCUGACAUAGUCGCACCUUACGAGCGCUGGGUGUACCACGACCCGGCAUACACAGAGAAUAAAAUGGAAAGAAAUUUCGCCGCUAACAAAACUAAAAAGGUCGCGUGGUUCGUGUCAAACUGCCACGCUAGCAAUCGCCGGUUGCAGUACGCACGGAAAUUGUCAAAAUUAAUUUCAGUGGAUAUCUUCGGCGCUUGCGGCUCGCAACACUGCCCCCGGGCCGACCCCCAUUGCCUGGAGAUGCUGAAUAAAGACUACAAGUUUUAUCUUGCCUUCGAAAACUCCAACUGCCGGGACUACAUCACUGAGAAAUUCUUUGUCAAUGGCCUUCAACACAACGUUAUACCAAUAGUUAUGGGUGCGCGUGCGUCGGAAUAUGCGGCGGCUGCACCCCACAACUCUUACGUUCACGUGGACGAAUUCACGGGCCCUGAAGAGCUGGCUGCGUAUCUGCGGCGUUUGGACGAAAACGACACUCUCUACAACUCUUACUUCAAGUGGAAGGGCACCGGAGAGUUCAUUAAUACGUACUUUUUCUGCCGUGUGUGCGCCAUGGUGCAUGCGAACGACGUGCGCGGGCGCACCGGGCACUACACGGACGUGCAGGCGUGGUGGCGGAACGGGGCCUGCACGCGCGCCAACUGGCGCUCCGCGGAGCACGGCACCCGCGACAACGGAUAAUCUAUCUUAUUUUAUACCAUAAUAAUAAUCGGGUCAUUGUCAGGUCUAGCGUUGAAAAUAAGCAGGAAAUAUUUGCAUAUUUUUCAAAUUCCGUUGUUUUCGAAAAAAAUCACGUAAGCGCCAUCGUAUUUUCUACUUUGGUUUAAUACCUAAGUAGAAAAUACGAUGUCGCUAAAUUUUCAACGCUAGUUAGGCUACACAGGCUACAAUUACGCCCAUCCACCAUGAUCAUAAAAAUAUCUUAAAAUGAAAGUAUACUUUAUAAAGUAGGUACUUUCGUGUAAGAUGUUUGUGAUUAUCGAUUUAUUCCUUCGUGACGCCGCCACUGCCGCCAGUGUCGGAGCGUGUGAUCGGUUUAUUAAAUUGUAAGUUGUAGAGCUCAGAUGUUUUUAUUUAUUGUUAUCGUUUAUAGCAUCGGUGACUGAUAUGUAUCACGUCCAUUAAGGCAUGUAAUGUUAAGUAAUGUAUGGCAGGCCAUAUGACUACACUAAUAUAAUAAAGCUGAAGAUUUUUUGUGUA